UGCCAUCCUCCACUCAGCAAAACCCAGCAGCAGCCAUGAGCCAGAAGAGCGGUGGAGAGGCGGUUCCUCCUCCCUCAGCGGCCCUUGACUCAGGUAAGCCCCUCCUCCUCUACCCCCUUUUCUCUUCUGCCUCCAAGGUAACAGUGAGCAGUGCUGGUAAUGGUUCCAUCCUGUUUCCUGGAGUCAACCCUUCUUUAGGCUACCUGCAAGACCACUUCCAACUACAUUAGGGGUAGGCAGCUCACAGUCUGUACCUGUAGACUUACACCUGCAUGUAGAGAGUACAGCCAAUAGGCAAGGAGCAGCUGCUGAAGACCGGAGUUAUGAGGCCUUAUUGCCCUCUCCCUUGGGCGUCCUGUGGCCCUCAGAAAACAUACUGCACACAAUGCCAGCCAGCCAUCCCUGGGCCCUGGGGGCUUGCUCACAUCUCUGAAGACUGAACAGUUCUGACUGUGAGUGAUGGGAACCACCUGUUCCUGUUUUUUUGUUUUGGUGUGCAUUAUCCCCUGGGUUUUACACAGAGAUAAUUAUUGCAGACAUGCAGAACUAUGAGCACCUUUAUAUCAUGAUCUGUUGCUGGUUGCUAUAAACCUCACAGCUCAGAUGUAAUCAGCUCCAGCUGCAGCCCCUUUUAGAAUCCCAAUCAGAGGGCUAGACUGAAAAUGAGCUGUAGUAAAGCAUUGCCUGGUUUUGUGCUGACACAAUGAUUCUAUACAGGGACUGUAGGAUCCAAACAUCUCUUUAUGACACAGGCCUACAGGUUGCAAGCAGAUCAGAAAGGUCUCUUUUUAAUGUGCUUUAGAGUAGACAUUUUUAAAGGUUUUCCCAUCAGGGCGUAGGGGCUGUUACACACAAACAGAGAGGGCAUUCUUGCUCUCCAUAGAAAUCCAACUUCAUGAUCCUAGCUCAACAAUUGGCUAAACGGAUUACACUGUUUUGAGUGGUUGGGUUAUGCCAAAACAAAGUCAUGCCUACAGUCCUUGCUGGGAACACUGUGCCUUGCAGUUGGAGUCUAAGGAAACCCUCUUCAUUCCAUGCCAUUAGAGGACACCCCUGAUUCUUUCGGGGCACACAAGACCUACAGAGUCCCUAUCUUCUUGGGCUGUCUGAAUGAUCUUCAAUACGGCAGUCUGUCUUUUUGGGAUCCACUAAAUCAUGAAAGGCAAAAUGUACCCCAUUAAUUGACAAUAGCGAUUGGCUCCCAGUCUGUUAUUGUACAUUUGUGAAGAUAGAUGUUAUAAAAAUGCAAACCAUCUCUCUUUGGAACAAGACACAAGUCAGAACCCGGGUACAAAACCAUUUCUGUACUGCUCACAAAAGCAUUGUUUGAGAUCCAAAAAUGUUAAGUAAUUCAGUGAUACCUCUUUGCAAAAUUCCAGAAAUAUCACUAACUGUUUACUUAUGUGUCUUGCAGCUAUUUUGCUUAACCAGUUACUGCCACACCAUUAAUUAAAGUAGUAUCUUCUGACACGUUGCAUCAGUCUGUGUAAGGCUAAAUAGUACAUCUAGUACACUACAGUACUUACACAUAAGGAAUCCAGAAAAAAUCACUGAAACUAGUAUGUUUGCAACUGUAGGCCUAAAUGUUAAUUAACCCAAUAUCAUAUUCAAAGCAAGAGGAAAAAAUAUAAAACAAAACACCUUUUUCUGGUUAAAUCUGUCACAACCUGAACGUUCAAAAUGCAAUUCACUUUAGCUCUUUUUACUCUGCCCCUUACCAAAGUGCCCCGGUUUAGAGUGAGUUUCAGUAGAACCAGAAGUCUGUUACCUUCGGACAUCAGUGCUUCAAUGCAGCCAAUGCAGCCCUCAGACAAGGCGGGACAUACUGGCUGUAGCUGGAGGAAGGUGAAGUAUUUUUCAGUUUACAUGAAAUUUAAUUUGGGACUGUAGGUUUUACUGCAAAUUGGCCUUACUUCUUCUGGCUAUCUCUUCUUCUUUUCACUUUUUUUGUGAAUUUUAUUUUGUACCCCAAAUCUUUGAAGUCAAGUAUUGGGAAAAAUACUUUGACAUUAAAAUGUAGGUUUCUGUUCUCUGUCAAAUGAGGACAACUUUUUAAUUUUAGGCUGUCCAGCCGUUCAGGUUAGUUCUUUUUGGUCACACCAGCCAAUUUUGCCCGUUGCUUUGGCUCUUUGUUCAAGUAGUUUCUCCCUCCCCGUAUCCCUGCACAGCCUUCCUCCAUUUGCCAGCCAUAUAGCUCUCUGCUGAAGCAUCUCUGCUCUGGCCUUUUUACACCUUUACUGUUCUGUGCUGUUACUGUAUUUUGCAAGGCGGGUGCAUGCUGACUGUGAUAUUACUCUACUCCCAUCACCCAUCCGUUGCCUGCCCUGCUACUUUUUAUAGCUUGGCCUGGCUGUCACCACAUCCCUGAUGCCCGUGUCCUUCCUGUUGAGCUCUAUGCGGCUGCACACUUCCAUGUUCCUAUCCCUGUUCUUAUCCCUGUCCUGCCACCCCUGUCUGUAACUUUAAGGCUUCGUUACUUCUGUUUGUCCCCUCCCCUGAUCCCUCCGUUUUGAGAUAUGGCUGAAUGGAGAUGUAGCAUCACUCUAGGUUGGCUUCAGCUGUUAUGUAGGAAUGUCGGCUAGUUUUAGUCCACUCUGGCCAUACAAAAUUCAUAUUGCUUUUACUUUGUUGAUUAGCUCUCCUCUUUUUAUUUUUGUAAGUGAUGUAACAUGUUAUUGAUUUCCAUUUAGAAGUCUGAAAUGAGCAUGAAUUAUUUGUUGUCUGAGGUCAACUUUCUUCCUUGCCUUUCAGUCAGUCUACAGUCGUGGCCAAAAGUUUUGAGAGACACAAAUAUUAAUUUUCACAAAGUUUGCUGCUUUAGUGUCUUUAGAUAUUUUUGUCAGAUGUUACUAUGGAAUACUGAAGUAUAAUUACAAGCAUUUCAUAAGUGUCAAAGGCUUUUAUUAACAAUUACAUUAAGUUGAUGCAAAGAGUCAAUAUUUGCAGUGUUGACCCUUCUUUUUCAAGACCUCUGCAAUCCGCCCUGUCAUGCUGUCAAUUAACUUCUGGGCCACAUCCUGACUGAUGGCAGCCCAUUCUUGCAUAAUCAAUGCUUGGAGUUUGUCAAAAUUGGUGGGUUUUUGUUUGUCUACCCGCCUCUUGAGGAUUGACCACAAGUUCUAAAUGGGAUUAAGGUCUGGGGAGUUUCCUGGCCAUGGACCCAAAAUAUUGAUGUUUUGUUCCCCGAGCCACUUAGUUAUCACUUUUGCCUUAUGCCAAGGUGCUCCAUCCUGCUGGAAAGGCUUUGUUCAUCACCAAACUGUUCCUGGAUGGUUGGGAGAAGUUGCUCUCGGAGGAUGUGUUGGUACCAUUCUUUAUUCAUGGCUGUGUUCUUAGGCAAAAUUGUGAGUGAGCCCACUCCCUUGGCUGAGAAGCAACCCCACACAUGAAUGGUCUCAGGGUGCUUUACUGUUGGCAUGACACAGGACUGAUGGUAGCGCUCACCUUGUCUUCUCCGGACAAGCUUUUUUCCAGAUACCCCAAACAAUCGGAAAGGGGAUUCAUCAGAGAAAAUGACUACCCCAGUCCUCAGCAGUCCAAUCGCUGUACCUUUUGCAGAAUAUCAGUCUGUCCCCUGUGUUUUUUCUGGAGAGAAGUGGCUUCUUUGCUGCCCUUCUUGAUACCAGGCCAUCCUCCAAAAGUCUUCGCCUCACUGUGCGUGCAGAUGUACUCACACCUGCCUGCUGCCAUUCCUGAGCAAGCUCUGUACUGGUGGUGCCCCGAUCCAGAAACCACAUUGAGCCUCAGUAGAGAUGCUACACAAAUUAGCAAGCCUAAGCUCUGUGGCAAUUUCUAAAUUUCCAGCAACCACAGGCGAUUAACAACCUACUCCAAAGGAAACCUGCUUAAACAUUGCCCUGAAGUUGUUGACUACUGAGAGAGCCAGAGAAAGUGAUAGAGUGUGGGUGGGGGUGCAAAAAAAAGAGUCGCUACAAAGAACACUGGCACCUGACAACUAAAUACUGAAAGAAUUCAGGCUUUGAGCUCCCAGCCCAACGCUCACCUCUGGCUGACCUGGUGAAUGUGUCCAGGCUGUGUUCAGUUCCUCUGCUGCUUCACACAGAUUCACAGAGCAACACUUCACUGCUAUUUGUUUAUGCCUGCAGCUGAAUCAACUUUAGGAGACGGUCCUGGCGCUUGCUGGACUUUCUUGGGCGCCCUGAAGCCUUCUUCACAACAAUUGAACCGCUCUCCUUGAAGUUCUUGAUGAUCCGAUAAAUGGUUGAUUUAGGUGCAAUCUUACUGGCAGCAGUAUCCUUGCCUGUGAAGCCUUUUUGUGCAACGCAAUGAUGACGGCACGUGUUUCCUUGCAGGUAACAACGGUUGACAAUGAUUCCAAGCACCACCCUCCUUUUGAAGCUUCCAGUCUGUUAUUCAAACUCAAUCAGCAUGACAGAGUGAUCUCCAGCCUUGUCCUCGUCAACACUCACACCUGUGUUAAUGAGAGAAUCACUGACAUGAUGUCAGCUGGUCCUUUUGUGACAGGGCUGAAAUGCAGUGGAAAUGUUUUUGGGGGAUUCAGUUCCUUUGCAUGGCAAAGAGGGACUUUGCAAUUAAUUGCAAUUCAUCUGAUCAUUCUUCAUAACAUUCUGGAGUAUUUGCAAAUUGCCAUCAUACAAACUGAGGCAGCAGACUUUGUGAAAAUUAAUAUUUGUGGCAUUCUCAAAAAUUUUGGCCAUGACUGUAUAUGGGAAAACAUUUUGUAAAAUGAAAUCCAAAUUGGAACUAAUGCCAGGCCAUUUAAGGGAGGUCAUUUCAAGUAGUGCAGUUCACAAGAGAGUCUGUUUUUCUGUUUUAAGUAGGUAAUUGCAGUGCGAGUCUUUUUAUAGGCGAACACCCAUUAGAGAGGGAAAGGACCUUAUGUUACUUUUUCCCCUAAUUUCAUUCAGUUAAUCUUUAGGAAUGUUUGUUUAGUUCAGACCUUACUAUCCCAGCCACUCCUUCUCCUGCUUCCCACCCAUGCUAAAGGGUCUGAGUUUGCUUGUGCCAACUUAGCUUCUGCAUGAGUUUAAAGUGGAAAUGCAUUUUAUUUUACAAGCUCCAAAAUGACACUCAGCCUGUACAUUGAACAGCACCUGAUCAGUAGCGCAUCCACACACCUCAGCAAUAUAUUGACAAGUGAACAUACUCCACAAAGUCUUUGAAAAGUUCUUCCUUUCUUUGUUUCAAUAAUAUUCAGCAAAUGCACAAAGUGAAUUGCUUUUUUGUUGAUUUGAUGCAAGUUGUUUUGCUAUUAAUGAACUUAACUUGCAUUUUAGCUGGGCCCCACAGGCGUCGUGGUGGGUUGUGUGACUGUGUCUAUCAGUAGUGAAGACAUUUAGUCCCAAGGGCUCUUAACCCAUCAAAAUUCACCCAGGGUGUUGAGUAGGUCCGUCUAAACUUUUAGACUUCUUAUUCUUUUCAUUUACUGCAUUUACCGUUUUUUGUAUUGUAUUGCAACUGAGUUUUUGAUGUCAACAUUUUUAUGUCAAAAUGUUGUUUCUUUAAUUCUGCAUUUAAAUGGUAGUGGAACAUAGUGUAGAAGGGGGUGGGGUUAAAGGGACAUAAAAUAAAAAAAUAAAAAAAAUAAAUGUCAUAUUCAUCAUCUCCAGCACCACCCCAACAUCAACAUAUGCAAAAAUUGUGCAUUUCUGUGUUUUGUAGUAAAAAAAUAUAAAGAUCUGUUUUUCCAAUGACAUCAUCAACCAAUUAGUAGGUAAUAUUUACUCAAAAUGUGUCAAUCGCACGAUGCACACCGAUGAUGUCAUUGGAAACACUUAUCUUCCGCUAUCUUUUUUUACUAUAAAACAUAGAAACGCUCCAUUGUCCCGUAUGUUGAUGUUGGGGUGGUGCUGGAGAUGAUGAAUAUGACGUUGAGAAAAAAUAGUUUUCCUUCAUGGGUUUAAGGGUUCAGAAAAGCAGAUCUUGGGCUAGGAUGGAACAUGCAAUGGUCCCAUAGGUGGAGGCAUGGGUCUUCGGUAAUGCGUUUACAAUAAGAGCAAAUGUUCUCUGUUUAUUUGAAAAUGUAUGAAGUCUACGCUGUAAUACACCUUGAAUAUUAUUGCCUCCGUCUGCUGGGACUGGGCAAUAAUCACAUUGGUUUUAAGAGCAUGGUGAUUUGCAGCCACUUUAAGCAUUUUUGUUCAGUGGAAAGUGGUAGGGUUUGUGGAAGAAUAGCCUACAUAUAUUGAUGGCCGAAACAAAUAGCUCCAGUGCCUUCAGAAAGUAUUCAUACCCCUUGACUUAUUACACAUUACACAAUUCAAAAUGUAUGAAAUCGUUUUUUUCUCUCCCCCAUCUACACGCAGUACCACAUAAUGACAAAAUAUAGCAAAUUUAUUGAAAAUGAAAUACAGAAAUAUUGAAUUUACGUAAGUAUUCACACCGCUAAGUCAAUACUUUCUAGAAGCACCUUUGGCAGCGAUUACAGCUGUAAGUCUGCUUUCCACACCUAUUUUAAGCACUGUCAAAUUGGUUGUUGAUCAUUGCAAGACAACCAUUUUCAGGUCUUGCCAUAGAUUUUCAAGUAGAUUUAUGUAAAAACUCGGCCACUUGGGAACAUUCACUGUCUUGUUAAGCAACUCCAGUGUAGAUUUGGCUUUGUGUUUUAGGUUAUUGUCCUGCUGAAAUGUGAAUUAUUCUCCCAGUGUCUGGUGGAAAGCAGACUGAACCAGGUUUUCCUCUAGGAUUUUGCCUGUGCUCAGCUCCAUUCUGUUUUAUAUUUUUUAUCCUGAAAACCUCCCCAGUCCUUAAUGAUUACAAGCAUAACCAUAACAUGAUGCAGCCACCACUAUGCUAAAAUAUGGAGAGUGGUACUCAGGAAUUUGUUGUAUUGGAUUUGGCCCAAACAUAACACGUAUUCAGGACAAAAAGUUAAUUGCUUUGACACAUUUUUUGCAGUAUUACUUUUGAUGCAAACAGGAUGCUUGUUUUGGAAUAUUUGUAUUCUGUACAGGCUUCCUUCUGUUCUCUCUGUCAAUUAGGUUAGUAUUGUGGCGUAACUACAGUGUUGUUGAUCAUCCUCAGGUUUUGCCCAUCACAGCCAUUAAACUCUAACUGUUUAAAUGUCACCAUUGGCCUUGUGGUGAAAUCCUUUGGCAGUUUCCUUACUCUCUGAGUUAGGAAGGAUACCUGUAUCUUUGUAGUGACUGGGUGUAUUGAAACACCAUCCAAUGUGUAAUAACUUCACCAUGCUCAAAGGGAUAUUCAAUGUCUGCUUUUUUUAUUUCAAUGUCUGCCCUUCUUUAGGAGGCAUUUUAAGUCCUCCCUGGUCUUUGUGGUUGAAUCUGUGUUUCAAAUUUACUUCUCGACUAAGGGACAUUACAGAUAAUUGUAUAUGUGCGGUAUCAUGUUAAACGCUAUUAUUGCACACAGAGUGAGUCCAUGCAACUUAUUGUGUGACGUGUUACACACAUUUUUACUUCUGAACUUAUUUAGGCUUGCCAUAACAGAGGUUGAAUACUUAUCGACUCAAGGCAUUUAAAAAAUAUAUUAUUUUUUAUUUGUAAAACAUAAUUCCACUUUGACGUUAUGGUGUAUUGUGUGUAGGUUAGUGACAUCUCAAUUGAAUCGAUUUUAAAUUCAGGCUGUAACACAACAAAAUGUAGAAAAAAUCUACGUGUGAAUACUUUCUGAAGGCACUCAAUAAAAUGUGUUCAUAAUAUACACCAUUUUAUGUAUGAAGUUCUCUAGCUUCAACCUAUCUGUACUUUGUUCCUCUGGAUGUCUCGGAACCAAACCUCCUCAGAGUAAUUAUACAUGAAGCCUUCAACCGUUUGUCCUCCAUCUCCCUUUGACUAUUGAAUUGCAAUGCAUUUCGUUAGCCCAGGGUAUUAUGCACAGACGGAGCAGGUGAUGACUCAAAAUUCAAACAAGAAAUUCAUCCUGAAUCUCUGCCCUUCAAGUCAGCCAUUUUGGUGGUUAUAGCUGUCCUAUUGGCCAGCUGUCUUUUUCCUUUAGAAUGGAUGGGCUCCUAUUGAACAGGAUGUCUUCAUUACCACCUGGCGCUCAGCAUUUCAAGGUUAUCAGAUGUACUGUGCUGUUUGCAGGUAUAAUCGUUUGUCAAGAUCAAAAGGUUUAAAACCAGGCAAUGCUUUACGAGGGCCAAUUUCCUGGACCCAGAUUAAGCCUACUCCUGAAUUAAAAAGAAUCUCCAAUGAAAGUGCUUUUUAGUUCAGAAAUAGUCUUAACUUGACAUGAUGAUGACCAAAGACACAUUAGGCUUUAAAGAGGCUAAACAACAGGGGUUAAAAGGUGUCUGUGAUAAAUGCCUCUUUCUGUGGCCAGGUGCCUUUCUCCUGUGAUAAAUCAGACUUCCUGAUUUAAAUUAUUUAUACCCUGGAUAAAGAGAUGCAGCAGUGCUCUCUUCCAUCCUCCCUGUAUGUGUCUCUGGGUUUCCUCUUCUUUAAGACCUGGCUACAUUUUAAACCAUUUUAAACAAUCAGCCUUGCGUGUUUAGACUAGAAGGCUAAUGGGGGCGUGGUAGAGGGAGAGACGGAGAGGGAGAUUCUAUCCAACAGCUCUACUGCUCCACAGCACAGGCCAAAAACAGAGGGAUUUCAUUCUCUCCCGCAGCGUUUGCUGUCCUGACGUUUAUUACGCGGUUGUCUUUAGUUUCAUUACACUCAAAGCAGGGCAACUCGUUUUUAUAGGAGAAAAAAAUAGAUGACCUCUCUCUGGAGAGACAGCAGGACAUAAAAGGGCAGUUGUUUGAAAUGUGUACACAAAUCACGGAUGGGAUAAUUUACUCAGGCCUAUUUGCCAAUGUACAGUAGUCUACAGAAAGCUUUUAGUCCAUAUAAAUAAGUCAGGAGGGAGCAGAGUAAGAGCUGUGAACCUUUACAAAGCUGGAGGGGUUUACUGGACUAGGUUUCUUUGAGGCCUUUGUUUCUCCAGAUUCUGUGAGUGUUUUUAAGUGUGGUGAGAGGGCGCUCAAAGUGGCUGCAAAUCAUUCACUGUGGUUCCAAUCUUAGCAGGGCCUGUAUGUUUCUCAUGUUUGUUACGCUUCCAAAACUCUGCAUGAACAGCACAUCAUGAAAUGUGUUUCAAAGGAAUGCGUCAUAUUUAGAUUUUGUACUUGACAUCAUUUUGUAAUUUACUAAUCCUUCAGCAUUUCAAAACCACUGUUCUGUUAUGUUUAUUCUCGUUUUAAAACUGAUUUUCAUUUGAUAUUACAUGGUUGUGAAAAUGGAACUAGUUCUUUUGGGUCUGUGGGAGGAAGCUUACAGCUGCCAUGGAGAACAAAUUGCUCUCUUGCUGCCAUGGGGAACAAAUUGCUGUCUUGCUGGAUCCCAAUCGAACUAAAAUUAUUUCCGUCUCUUGAAUAAAACAUUUAAUUAUAAUCUAUUGGGUAAAAUAGCUGCUCCCUACCAUCUGCAAUCAGGUGGAAGUUUUUUGUCUGUUUGCUAGAUUGCUUCUGUUUGUAGAAAUCCAUCCAAUGUGCUGUAUGUUUUAAAGCAUUCCUGUUCAUCAGAGCAUAAAUAGAUGUAUGGCUUCAUCCAUUUCUUCUUUUUAUCAUGGCUACUCUUCAAUAAAUUCAAAUAGUUUAGCCACUAAAAUUAAUUUGAGAAGAAAAAUAAAAACCUAUUAAAGCAUAAUUGUGCUCCAUAUUGUUGCAUGGUUCCUACAUAUGAGUGCAUUUGGAAUGGGAAAAGUGAGAGGGCUUGUGGGUGGAAUGUAAAGUGACUGGAAUUUCUUCAUAGACAAUGCACCACAUUGGCUUGUAAUGAGUCAUAGAUAUCUGGCAUUCUUCCGAUUACCAACAAAAAGCGAUCUUAUUUUUCAGUCAUAAGCACUGUAGCUACAGUUUUGAAUGAUGUGCAACCUAGUUGCACCUCUUAUUUUUAAUUGUUUUUAUUGAUAUGUUGAAUUCACAGUAUCGAUAAAGGUUUUGCAAAUUAGGAUAGCUUGUCUGCCUCUCCUCUCCCUUCUCCUGCAACAGUCUUCAGGAUUUUACAUCCAUGCUCUCACCUUAGCCUAGGGCUAGGCUCUUAGGCCACCAAGGCUUCCAUUUCUUCCAUCAUAUCAUCUUGAGUAGACAGUCAGGUAUUGCGUGUUUAUUUCUUACCAUGGGGUGUCAUAAGCCUUCUCCAACUCCAUGUUUUUUGUCACCCUUUUAUGCCAGUAGCCAAACUAUCCCGUUUGUUUUCACAGAAGUGGAAGAUGACAAUCUACCAUGCGGCAUCUGCCAUUUCACCUGCUUGAAGCUGCACUCUACUGUACUCUGCAUUGAGGACCUGAUAACUAGGAAUGCUUUUGAAAUGUACUCAACAUUUGCUGCCAUUUUCCUCAGGUGUUUUAGGAGGACAUUCAGAAAAACAUAUUGAGCAGGAAUAGAACGAGACCUUUGAAUGACGGUUCCAUUUUCACAUAUACUUUUUGUUCAACAGUUUUUUUAAAGUUUUUUUUUUAGUACAUUUGAAUGUUCAGCUCUUAUUGCUCAUUCGCUGUCUCGUUUUUAUUCCAGGAAGUUCCCUCUGAAGCAGGGAGUGUCUGCAUAUAAAAUGGUCUGCAGUUCUCUGCUUCAUAGAUGCCACCACCGUCUCCUCUUCUAUGACCAUGGAAGGCCCUCGCAGUGCUUUUCCCACCUCUUCCAGCUCCAUCGUGCACUCCACUACCUCAGCCACCGACCAGACCUCUGCUCACACCGGCAUCGCCGCUCCAGAUGAAGGUGUAAGUAGCAGAGCGGUGGCGGAGAUGCUUGGCGCCGAGGGCGGGACUGGCAACAGUGGGAGUGCUGGUGGCGGCAGGGCUGGCGGCGAGAAAGGAGGAGGGGCCGGAUCCCUAGGUGGAGGAGGAAGAGGGGGGGCAUCCCAGGAGGCCCAGCAGCACCACCAGAUGACCCCCUCCAAGCGGCGGACGGUGCUGAACAUCUCGCCUCCGCCCGAGGACCUGUUUGACGACAGCCGCAUGUCCUGCCAGGAGGAUCAGCUCCAGGACUCCGAGCAGAGCAAUAGCAUCUGGAUGGAUGACUCCGCCUCUAACUUCAGCAUUGUCAGCUCCAGCUCCUACAACGACAACACAGAGGUGCCCCGGAAGUCCCGCAAGCGCACCCCCCGCCAGCGACCUGGGCCUAAGCCUGCCUCGGCCGAGGAGGCCAGCAUGGACGUGUUUGAUGCAGACAGUGCCAAAGGGCCUCACUUUGUGCUCUCACAGCUGGGCUCAGACAGCAAGGCCUGUACCAAAGGAAGUUCGGCAGAUGGCCCCCAAACAACCCAUCAAAAAGGUGGGACCCUAGCGAGCCAGUUCCCUCAGAAGAGUGAGGGCAAGGAGCUGAAGAUCCUGGUCCAGCCUGAGACCCAGCACAGAGCCCGCUACCUGACUGAGGGCAGCAGGGGGUCAGUGAAGGACCGCACUCAGCAGGGCUUCCCCACCCUAAAGCUGGAGGGUGUGAAUGAGGCAGUGGUGCUGCAGGUGUUUGUGGGUAAUGACGCUGGGCGUGUGAAGCCACAUGGGUUCUACCAGGCCUGCAGGGUAACUGGGCGCAACACUACAGCCUGCAAGGAGGUGGACAUCGAGGGCACCACUGUCAUUGAAGUGUCCCUGGACCCCAGCAAUAAUAUGACCCUGGCGGUGGACUGCGUGGGGAUCCUGAAGCUGCGUAACGCUGAUGUGGAAGCUCGUAUCGGGGUGGCCGGCUCCAAAAAGAAGAGCACGCGUGCCAGGCUGGUGUUUCGGGUCAACAUCCCCAGGCCGGACGGCUCGGUGCUCACGUUACAGACACCGUCGUCCCCCAUCCUGUGCACCCAGCCUGCAGGGGUGCCUGAGAUUCUGAAGAAGUCCCUCCACAGUUGCUCGGUGAGGGGUGGUGAGGAGGUCUUCAUCAUUGGGAAGAACUUCCUCAAGGACACCAAGGUCAUAUUCCAGGAAAAUGUAUCAGAUGAGAAGUCUUGGAAGGCAGAGGCUGAAAUUGACAUGGAGCUGUUUCACCAGAAUCACUUGAUUGUGAAGGUUCCUCCUUACCAGAACCCAGCCAUCGCGUCUGCAGUGUGUGUGGGAAUGUACGUGGUGACCAAUGCUGGCCGAUCCCAUGACGUGCAGCCUUUUACAUACACUCCAGAACCAGUGGACAUAUCUGUGAAGAAAGAAGUUCCAUCUCCAGGCAAGCCCUGCUCUUUUGAUCAACGGAUGAAAGUAAUUGAUGGUGCCUUGAUGCCCCCAAUGUUGCCUCUUGUGAAGAGAGAAGAGGUCACUCCAAUGGAGGUCUCCAGCAACCUCUCUUCUGCUGGCGUGUUCAAGCGGACCCCCGAUGUCAUGUGUUCGGCCCAGCAGACACUGGACAUGAGUUCCAACCUUCCCCCCAACAACAGCCCGUUCUCCAACUCCUUGCCGCCACCUGCCAGUGACCCUAAAGAAUCCCAAACAGCAGUCUUCAACACUGCAGAGGCCCUGAGCACCAUACAGAAGCAGGACAUCGCUCCCACCAACUCCUUUCCCGUGCCUGCAGACUCUCUACUCCAACCUGGACCUCAGCAGUUCCUCCUGGAGCCCAGAGAGGGGCUGGGGCAGGACAGGGCCGGCAACAAUGCUGGGGCGGUAGGGAGGCUCAGUCAACAUGUGGAGGCCCCUCAACCUGCCCCCCAGCAGCACCAGCUGCCCGUAUUCCCCCCAGACGAUGUGGCCCAACUGGAACAAGCAGUGAGACAACUGCAGGCUAAAGGGUACUGCAGCCAACAGCAACAGCGACAACAGCAACAGAUUCAGCAGCAACAAAUUCAGCAACAACAGCAGCAACAAAUUCAGCAACAACAAAUUCAGCAACAGCAACUACAGCAACAACAACAGAUUCAGCAGCAACAAAUUCAACACCAGCAGCAACAACAGCAACAGCAAGUGUUGGAGAACCUGCGGCAGGAGCUGUUUAAAUCACAGAUGCCAAUGCAUUGUGGCAUAUUCCAGGGUGGUUCUCGAGGUGAGAACGCUGAACAGCAGGGUUCCCAGCAGGGCAUGGUGCAGAACCAUGGUUCCCUCUUUCAGCAGGCCCAACAACAGCAGCAGCAGAGGCAACAACAGAAACAGCAGCAGCAAGCAGCACUCUUUCAGCAAGCCAAUGAGCUCCUCUCCAUUCAGACCAACUUCCUCCAUCAGACCCCUUCUCAUCCCUCUCCACCCCUCUUCCAUAACCCCAGCCCCCUGGCUGAGGCACAGGACCCACAGGGGGCGCUGUUCCACACUCAGAAGGCCUCUCCCACCCAGGAGCAGGUCCAGGCAACCCUCUUCCAGAACACCCUGACAGUGUUGAGUAGGACCAGCCUCUCCCCAGAGCAGCCCCCCUCUGUCGCCAACCUGUUCCUCCCCCAGGGUGCCCUGCCUGGGCAGCUCUCCGCUAGCGGCAGCCAGCAGCAGCAGCUGGCCUUCCUCAGUGCCCUGCAGACCUCAGCCCCUGAGCCCCAGUCAGUGUUCCAGGCUCAGACCCAGCUUUCCCCCAUCCAGCAGGGGACCCCCAUGGAGCAGCAGCAGCCCUCCCAGCCCCAGUCUCAGCCACCUCAGCAGAACUCCAUGUUUCAGAACAUCUCCCCUCAUCCACCUGCAAACACUCUCUCUCAGACCCAGCAGCAGCAGGCUGGCCUACUGUUCUGCAGCAACCCCCUCUCCACUCCAGAGCAGCCCCCCAGUCUGCUGUUCAGUGGCCAGGGCCAGAUGCCCCCCAUGAGCAGCAGCAGCCUGAACUCUCAGGAGCCCCAAAACCCCUCCAUGCUGUUCUCUCAGGCCAGCAUGGUGACGGUUAGCCAGCAGGAAUCCUCUGAGCCCAUGGCCUUCCUGGACCAGAGCCAGGUGGUGGGGAACCCCUCAGAGCCUUGCCAGCAGGGCCUGUUCCAAGAGCAGCAGCCCAUGCAGCUGAUCACCAGCUCCAACAACGGCCCAGAGCAGCCCGUCUCUCUCUUCAUGCCCCAAUCCAACAUGGCUGCCCUGCAGGGUUGCAUGGCUGCCCAGGUGCUCCCGCAGACAGGCAUCUUCAGCACUCAGAAUGGGGUGGCAGGCCUGCAGACCACCACCUCCUCCCCCGUGCAGCAGCCAGGGUCACUGUUCCACACAGCAGUCAGUGGGAGCCUCAACCAGCCCAGCGAGACCCAGCAGCCAGGCCUCUUCCUCUUUGGGAUUCAGAACGAGUGUGGCCAGCUGAUAAACUCUCCUGGAACCACUCUGUCUGAUCAGAUCAUUGCCAUCAGUCAGUCUGGUCAGAACCAGAGAGAGAGCGAGGCCCAGAUCCAGUCGCUGCUCAACCAGUCCAUGUCUGAGUCAGGGAGCAUGCAGAACAGCAUGACGGCCUCCCAGAACAUGGAGAAGAUAGAUGACCUGCUCGUCAGCCUGCAGGAGCAGGGCAACAACCUCACUCGCUCCUACUAGGCCUGCUAUAGGUUUCAGGAGCCCAGAAGACCCCCAGUGUGAACCCCCAUUACAGAUGUCAGAAGACCCCCAGUGUGAACCCCCAUUACAGAUGGCAGAAGACCCCCAGUGUGAACCCCCAUUACAGAUGGCAGAAGACCCCCAGUGUGAACCCCCAUUACAGAUGGCAGAAGACCCCCGGUGUGAACCCCCAUUACAGAUGGCAGAAGACCCCCGGUGUGGACCCCCAUUACAGACGGCAGAAGACCCCCGGUGUGGACCCCCAUUACAGAUGGCAGAAGACCCCCGGUGUGGACCCCCAUUACAGAUGGCAGAAGACCCCCGGUGUGGACCCCCAUUACAGACGGCAGAAGACCCCCCGUGUGAACCCCUAUUACAGAUGGCAGAAGACCCCCAGUGUGAACCCCCAUUACAGACGGCAGAAGAAUGAAAACAAACUCAACGGUGGGCUCCUGUCCGAACUCCAAGUUACAUGUAAGCCUCAGCGGCCUUUUUCUCCAAGGACAGUUUUCAUGUGUAGAUGCUCCACAGUGGCGCUGAGCAGGGCACCAGUCCUCCACUGCAUCUAAACCUGGACCUCAAAAUAGGACAUAGGUUGUAGUUACCCCACAACUGUCAGUGUGUUCAGUGUAUCUCGCAGCUAGUCGCCUCCAGCUCUUAAUGAAACAUGACACUAUGUAAUGUUUGGCUAACUCAUCAGUUCUCAGAGCAGCACUUUGCGGUGUGGUUUAAUAAGGAUGGUGGUAGAAGCUACCACAGCAUUCUGUCUUCUCCAGGACCAGAGUGUGGGCUCAGAAUUGUUUAUAACGCAUUGUUGUCCUUUUUAUACGAAAUUAAAAGUAUUUUAGGAAAUAGCAAAAGAAAAUAUACAGUUCGUGAAAAAUAAACCUUUGUAAGAUAUUUUGACUUUAGUUCUUUCAGCACUUUACGAUGCUUUCCUUUUGUGGCCAGUUACUCAUUAAGUUGGCCUAUGCAUUCACUAGUCAGCUAUUAAGUCAGUACAUCUCGACAACUUUAUUACUCAUGCAUGUGUUUUGAGUUAUGGCUUUAGUUUUUUUAUUGUUCCUUUCAUGAAAUACCAGUUUCUUAUUGGCAGCCAUCUUCCCAUUACCCAUUCAUGAGAAUAACUCCAAAUAUUUGAGUAUUACACCAUGGAUUUCUUUCCCUGAUUAGACUCUGUAGUACGAGAGAUGCUCUAGAUUAGGGUCAAUGUGGAUCAAGAGAAAAGAAAUCAUCCAGCCUUUAAAUUAUUAAUUUCCAGUCUACACAAUUAAAUAAUAGGCCUACAUUUUGAAUAAAUCAGAACCAUAUAUGUGUACUAUAUACCAGUGUGCACGGUUGUCUGAUGUAAUUAAAGAGUAUAUUGUUAUUUGUAUCAUUCUAUCGCAAAUGUAGUUAAUGUGUUGUUUUGUAAGGAUGUCUCCAUGGAAGAUGUUUGUAUUAGCUCAUGUCUGGCACGCACAAACUGGACUUUUAUCCAUAGAUCAGAGAGGAGUUUUCCGUAUGUUUGUCUUACUGUAAAAUACCAACGCUCUUGCCGACAGUGGGCCACCCCAGGACCUGAGUCAAGGCCUCAAGUCACAGCCUCCUUUUUCGUCUUCAUGAAUGGCCAGUUUUAUGGCUCAUAUUGAUUGGUGUGUUCAUAUUUGUCGUUUGAGACUCGCCAUGUUUUGACAGGAAGAAAGUGGUGAAAAUGACUGGAGCAGUUAUCUGUUUUGCCUUGACCAUGAAUGGUUGUUUGUAGUUGGAUUAUUAGUGUCAGGCGUGAUAUACAGGUGUAUGAUCUUAAUUUAAUCACUCUUUUGUUGCUGAGAAUUUUCCUGCACUGCAAGAUAAACUUUUAUUAUUAUUAUUUGUAUUUUAUCGUUUUUGUAUAUAUUUUUAUUGUACUUUUUAACCCCAAUUUCAUGAUAUCCAAUUGGUAGUUAGUCUUGUACCAUCGCUGCAACUCUGCAACUGCAACACGACUCUGCCAAGCCGCACUGCUUCUUGACACACAGCUCGCUUGUGUGUCAGAUUUCGACUUUGAAAUUUCAGACAUGAUUUACCCUAAUGAAAAAUGUAUCAAUCCCAACAAAAAUGUCCAUUAAUUAUAAUCCACAGAAUAAUUCGCAUUUCCUUUUGCUGCAGGAUUAUUUUUCUGCUGUAGCAAACUGGCUCAAAUUAAGACCCUACACCUGUACUGCUGCCAAACUGGUUUGUGCUUUUAUUCUUUACAUGUGAGUAUUGGGCUGGAGUGGAGCCAACAGUAAGAUUGUGUCUUGUUUUUAGUCUGAAUCUGAGUAUACACAUGAACAAGGGGCUGGUCUCUGAUGACAACAAAAACAGCUUUGUUGAGUGCCUCCAUCUUUCUCUCUUAGUGUUGUUGUCUUUUAUUGUGGGUUCUUAACAUCAUUACCUCUUAUUCACUUUAAAAACAAGCAAAUUUUUUAAAUGGAGAGUAUUUAAACUAUUUUUAGUAAUGUGAUUGGUGGGGCCCCAUAUUCCCCAUCCCAGAGUUUGAGCUGUGUUCUUUUAGAUAUUUAAAGGGACCCUACUCAUGAAGAAUGAACCGUUAAGUUGCUUUAGAGAAAAGAGCUGUCUGUGAUUGGCUUUCUUCAACUCUUGUGAAAUAUUAGUAGUUUUGUUUCCAAUAGUCAUGAGUAUUUGUGAAUUUUUAUAAGAUUUACAAAUAUUUUAUCAUAUCUUUUUUACUGGUGUAGUUCUAAUACAUCUUUUCAGAAAUCAUAUCUAAUUUAUUUGGUAUUUUUUGUCUUAGAUAUUGUCUAAAUUGUGUCCCACAAUCAUAUUUGUGCUACAAAUGACUUGAUGUACAAGUUUGGUUCUGAUUUAACUCCGUAAUUGUAUUAAUAUUAGUUAUGUGGAUUUGGCCCUUCCCCACCUGUUGAAACUGUAGUUGGCUGUGGUCUUGUGUGACAUAUCUGUCAGUGAAGCUUAUCUUCUCCCUGUAGAAGUGAGGACAGGGAUACAACUUUAUGAUUGAGGGAGUUAAAAUGUACCAUGUACACUGAGUCACAUGUACAUUCCUGUGCAUUGUUUUCUUCCCUUUGAUAGAUUUCUGUUCAUAUGCCAGGUUGAGAUUAAUUGUACAGUAUGUUUGUCCAAAUCUGAUAGUUUAAAGUCAACUCCUUGUGAUAUCAUUCAUGAAACAUUGAACCUAUACUGUCACAUCUACAACUUAUUUCACCUCUUGAAUAAGGAAAGUGAAGGAAGUUAUUGGACAACUAUGCCAGUUAUAAAGCCAUACAGACAGUUAAAACAGCAUCUAUUAAAUAUUUGUUAAUAGGGUUUACAAAAAACUCCAAACGCAUAAUGUGUUUGUUACCUCAACCCGAGCAGGUUGCUAAUCAGGCCACCUUACUCAACAUUGGACCAAUUACAAUGAUAAAGUACAUUCUUUAUAUAUAGUAUACCUACAAUAUUUUGGCGGCAACAUGUUAAUGUUUUGUGUUAUGAAUACACAAUAAGAUUGUUAUUUUCAAGCAUAAGCAUAUUGAGUGUAAAAAUACCUAUUUUCAAAUGUAACCCAUGAAUAUCUCAUGUAGUAUGAGCUUUGACAAAAUAGGAGGGCUAUUUGUCAACUAGGCUACAUGUUUUACAUUGAUGACGACAUGAGUCUUUGUAAUUGAGUGUUGCUAUACUUUAUUGUGCCGGUAAAGGUUUCAUUUAUUGAAGACCUAAAAAUGAAAGUCUUUUCCUACUCAACCAAUGACUACAGAAAUGCAGGGGUCACCUUGAAAGUUCAGCUAUAUUUUUAGCAUAUUUGCACCCAGACUAACCAAUGAUUUAUGACAUCAGUGUACAGCAAAUAUAUUUUAGAAGUAUUGCUCAGUACAUUGGAUGAUAUACUUGUGCCUUGACAAACUUUUAUAGUAGAGACCAGAUUUAUCUUGUACCAUUGUUGCCUGUUUUAUUCACCACUGUGACACUAAUGUCAGUGGUUAUUAGCCCCUGAUAACUAGUAUCUUGCAAGCCAUACGACUUGUGUGCUUCAAAUGCCGUACAGAAAUGAGUGACCAGAUAAAUGUAUAGUGUUGUGCAUCUGAUUUAUUUUCACAGAAAUAUGAAUUGCAUUUGUUUAAUGUCGGUGCAAUUUAAGUUGUCUCAAACUGCUAUGCAGCUUGAUUCAAUAUAAAAUGUUACUUUUUUAAUAUAUAUUUUAUCUAUCUAGCCUCUCUUGAUUGUUCAUUGCAAAGGGGAACCCAUAACGAAAUAUUGUAAUUAUGUUAAUUAUUUAUGUAACUUUUUGAAAUAGUAUUGAUGCUGUGUGCCACUGGGAUUUUAUUUUAUUUUUAUGAUUGGGCUUGUGUCAGUCAAGACAAACCCAAAUUUCAACCUAAUUCAAACAAACUUGUCAUUCAGAAUUUUCAUCAAGGGUGUUUUGUUUUUAUUAUAAAUGUCAUCAGUUAGUCCGUUCACACAAUGUUCUGUUUGUGUCCCCUUAAUCUGUCUGGCUUUGGUUUGAUGUGAAAGUCUGCUUUAUUUCCAUUCAUUUAUUUUCUGGUGAUCAGUAUUGAACCUGUUGAUAGCAUGGGGAGUGCAUAUCACCUAUGUGUUUUUAGCUACCAUGUGAACAACUGUUAAAUAUUACCCUUUAAAAAAUGUAUCUAUAUAAAAUGUAUUUUUGCUUUUGUUGGGGCAUUUGUAUACUCUUGCAAUUAUAUUUAUGUAAACCUGCUGGUAUCUAUAUUAAUAAAGAUAGAUGAUAUGUU